AUGCUAUCCGUGGACGGGCGGCUCAUUGUCAGCCGAGGCGUGGUGGGAGCAGGAGCCAGAGAAGUGCAGACUACAGCUAGAACCACUGCUGCUGCUGCUGCUGCUGCUGCUGCUGCUGCAGAGAGGCUGGCCAUGGAACUAGACUCAACCCAAUCCAGAGAUGAUCGACGGCCAACUCCAGAGCACAGCUUCUACCUGAGCUCCCCUCUGUUCAUCAAAGCCCCUAAGUUUCAGAGUCCUGGCUAUCUCGGUGUCAGCCCUAUUAGAGCUAGUGCAUACAACAUCAUCAGCCCGCCUGCUUUCUUCCCCGUGCACAGCCUGUCGCAAAAAGAAGCACCACUGCAGACACGCCAACAUUUCAAAACCGAUUCGCAAGAAGAUUCGCAAGAAGAGAACAUGGAAAAGGCACGAGCUGCAGUUUGGCGUCCCAUUAGUGCGAGGUCUCCAAAAUCAGAAAUGAUUGAGUUAAACAGACAACCAGGUGAGUCUGUCGUGCAGGUCAAACAAGAACCGAUAAGUCCGACUCCUGUUUGGCCUUCAUCUCCUUAUCUCCUCCACGCGCCGUACUUGCCAACGCUACACCCCAGUCUCCUUCCAUACCCUUACUACAUCCCCAGGACAUUCAUGCAUCUCACCCCCAGAGCGUUUUACACGAGAGAAGACCCCCGCUUGGCCCCCAAACCCAGAGAUCUCGCCCCUUCCCGAAAUAUUCCCGUAGCCACCAACCCGGAGAAGCUAACCAUCAACGUGCACGUGGAUGAGAGCUACUACGUAGACGUGGGAGGGGACCAGAAGCGGUGGAAGUGCCGGAUGUGCGAGAAAUCCUACACUUCGAAGUACAACCUGGUGACGCACAUUCUGGGGCACAACGGCAUCAAACCUCACGGCUGCCAUCUCUGCGGGAAGUUGUUCAAGCAGCUGAGUCACCUGCACACACACCUGCUGACGCACAGGGGCAUGAGGCCGCACAAGUGUAAGGUGUGCCACAAGGCCUUCACCCAGACCAGCCAUCUCAAGAGACACAUGAUGCAGCACAGCGACGUCAAGCCAUACAGUUGCAGCGUGUGCGCCCGGGGCUUUGCUUACCCCAGUGAGCUGCGUGCCCACGAGAUGAAGCACGAGAAAGGCCAGGAGAACGUGUGUGUGGAGUGUGGCCUGGACUUCCCGACGCUGGCACAGCUCAAGAGACAUCUGACCGUCCACCGCGGCCCCACGCUCUACAGGUGCUCAGAAUGCCAGAAGACGUUUCAAUAUCCAAGUCAGCUGCAGAACCACAUGAUGAAACACAAAGACAUUCGCCCAUACAUCUGCUCCGAAUGUGGCAUGGAGUUUAUUCAGUCGCACCACCUGAAGCAGCACACGCUCACGCACAAGGGGGUGAAGGAACAUAAGUGCCGCAUCUGUGGUCGAGAAUUCACUCUUCUGGCCAACAUGAAGCGCCACGUCCUGAUCCACACCAAUGUCCGCGCCUACCAGUGCCACAUGUGCUUCAAGAGCUUUGUGCAGAAGCAGACGCUGAAGGCUCACAUGAUCGUCCACUCUGACAUCAAGCCGUACAAGUGCAAGCUUUGUGGGAAGGAGUUCAACAGAAUGCACAACCUAAUGGGCCACAUGCACCUGCACUCUGACAGUAAACCCUUCAAAUGCCUCUACUGCCCCAGCAAGUUCACCCUGAAGGGAAACCUGACCAGACACAUGAAGGUCAAACACGGAAUCAUGGACCGCGGCCUGGACAAGAGGCUCUUCAGACAGAGGGGGCGGUUUUGCUUGCCCAGCUCCGUCAGCCUGAUCACCCACUUCAACCAAGAGGAGCCUUUCGACCUGUCCCAGAAGCCCGUGGGGGUCUCAGGGCAGCGCUCCGCCCAGUCUGAUGGAGAGAGCGUUCCAGGAAGCUCCGGACAAGAAGAUGAUGAAGAGAGUGUGUAUAGAAGUCAUAAAUAUGGCUCUGAAGAAACCCACAACGAGACACUGGAGGAGGAGACGGAGCAGGACAAGCAACUGUCAGACACUGUUGAGGACUGUGAACUAUAA